AUGGUCACAAACGAAGGCCUACAAGAGUGCAAAAAGAGCUUGGCUGUGACGGCUGCCAAGCUGGAAAAGCAUAUGCGAGACGUUAUGGAUCGGCUACUCUCGAAAUCAGAGACUGCAAUUUCUUCUAACGAAGAUGCUCAAGACCUCUCCAGGCUGCGGGAUGAGUGGGAAACUGCUCGGCAGUGCUUGGAGAUUUGCUCACGGGCGGAUAGUCACUUAAAGGAAAAUGUCAGCGUUAUCGAAAAUUAUGGCACUGGCGACGCUCUGCAGUUUAUGGUAUCCACGAACGGGAAGGUUCUUCAUGGAAAGAACCGGGGUUUGGGUUGGAGGAGCAGGCAAGUGGGAGGCUACGUAAGCAACGAGUCAGUCCAGCAACUAUCGCGAGACCUCGCAGUUAUGUACACCAGUCACUUGAGGAGUGAAGAACACAUCUCAAAAGAUAGCACCAUGCCGGGAGCAAGCGACGUGGUGGAAGGCGAGGCGACAACCGGUUUUAAGGAACGAUACGGGCGAGGCUUCACUUUAAGAACAGUGCGCACGCCAGACACACAGAUGUCCUCUCCCGGUGCGAGUAAUGGAUGGACGGAAACCCGAGGUGAAACAUCGCGGAUGUAG